AUGCAGUCCUCUUUUAUGUUCGCGUUAGCUGUGGCCAUCCUCAGCUCGGUCACUACCGGACAACUGCUACCACAAUCAACUGUUCCCGAGAUCCAGCCUUAUCCAUCAGGUGCUCCUAUCCUUCUUGUCUCCGGCUCAUUCAGCCUAGGCCCUACGCCAUCAGAAACGGCAUACCCAGCACCCGGUGAUGGUGAUGAUAAUGACGAUGAGAAUGGAGACGAUGAAAAUGGCGAGGAGUCUCCAGUGAUUACAGGCUUGCCAGAUAUGCCAGGAGAAGAUGAACCAAAGACUUUGGACCCUGAACCAAGUGUUACCAUUCUCCGGGUGCGAGGGGAUUCAUCCAUCCAGAUGAUCCCUGAGUCCACCUUGUCAUCCGCAUCCAUCAUGGCGCGUGCAACCUCUCAAAUAACGAGCUCUGAGCAAGUUCCGUCGACUCUGAUUGAGGCUUCAACUCUGGAUCCGACCUCUCUCACUCGACUGAUUCCUGAACCCAGCACGAUGUCGGCAUCUACCCUGUCGGCAUCUACCCUGUCGGCAUCUACCCUGGCUCCCAGGGCUACUCAGGCUUAUCUCAGACGAAGAAGACAGGCAAGACAUGCGGGUUAUACCAUGACGACAUCUAUGAUAUCAAUCUCAGAUCCAACUUCUCGGACUCAGAUUACCCCUAAAUCUACCAUGUCGGCGACGACCCUAGCAACGGUGAAGCGAGAGCAUAACAGACAGACAAACGGCGUUUCCAGCUCUAGUCCUAGCCAUGCGAACCCUAUCGGGGUAUAUCCUGUCCCUGGCAUUACUCAGGCCGGUGCCGCGCCAUCAUCAAUGUGCAACUAA